GCCGAUCGAUUAUUAUCGUGGAUGCUCUAAAGAAGAUAGGUUGAGUAUGAAAAUAAUAUUUAAUGAAUAAAAGAGUAGGAGGGGUAUAAAUGGGAAUUCCCGAGACAGUCUGGUUCCCAUAAUCCACCUCCUUAUCUUCUCUGCUCUCUCUCUCUCUCUCUCACACGAGCCGUGGCCACCACACCACGAUGCGGCGAAUCCUGAGCACCGCGAUCGCCACUCUCCUUCUCCUUCUCCUUCUCCUUCUCCUCCUCGCAGACUCCGCCUCCAGCAACCCCGAAUUCAACGAGGCCCCCGCAUUCCGCAACGGCAAGUCCUGCUCCCCCAGGGAGGUGGUCCACAUCGCCAUGACCCUGGACUACUCCACCCCUUACCUCCGCGGGUCCAUCGCCGCCGUCCUCUCCGUCCUCCAGCACUCCAGCUGCCCCGAGAACACCGUGUUCCACUUCCUGUCCAUCCCCCUCCACCACCCCCUCCUCCGCUCCACCGUCUCCGCCACCUUCCCCUUCCUCCGCUUCCACCUCUACCCCUUCCGCCCCUCCAUCGUCCUCCCCCUCAUCUCCUCCUCCGUCCGCCAAGCCCUCGACCAGCCCCUCAACUACGCCCGCAUCUACCUCCCCGAUCUCCUCCCCCCCUCCCUCCCCCGCGUCAUCUACCUCGACUCCGACCUCAUCCUCGUCGACGACAUUGCCAAUCUAUGGAAUAUCGACCUCCAUUCCCACGUCCUCGGCGCUCCCCAAUACUGCCACGCCAACUUCACCCACUACUUCACCCCCAAAUUCUGGUCCACCCCCUCCCUCGGCGCCACCUUCCGCCGCCGCCGCCCCUGCUACUUCAACACCGGCGUCAUGGUCAUCGACCUCCUCAAAUGGCGCCGCCACGGUUUCACCAGAAAACUCGAGCACUGGAUGAGGAUCCAGAAGCGCUACAGAAUCUACGAGCUCGGCUCCCUCCCGCCCUUCCUCCUCGUCUUCGCCGGAAACGUCGCCCCCGUCGACCACCGCUGGAACCAGCACGGCCUCGGCGGCGACAAUCUGCAGGGGCUAUGCCGAGACCUCCACCCCGGUCCAGUCAGCCUGCUGCACUGGAGCGGCAAGGGGAAGCCCUGGCUCAGGCUCGACGCUAAAAGGCCUUGUACCUUGGAUAAUCUGUGGUCCCCAUAUGAUUUGUUCAAGCACGAGAUACUCAUCUCCGAUAGCUGAGCGCUGCCGCAGGGGAUCGUAACCCAUUGUUGUGAGUUGGAGACAGUGAGGCUUCGGUUUCGGACAAAAAAAUAUACGCUGACGCAGACGCAGACACGGAGAGGGGUAGUAUCGGAAUGCGUGAAAUUGAGUGCCGUGGAAUUCUUAUUCUGCCUCUGCCUGCACAUUUGUUUUUAUUCAUUUCUUCUGGGACUAUUGGUCAAGCUAGAAUCUGCGCCGUGGCUUGGUGUGGCGCCGCCGUGGCAUCGGCAUCGCUUGAAUGAUGCGGUGGCUUUGAUUAGGACACUGGACACGUCACCAUUUGUACACAUUCUGUAUAUACGGCUGCAGUGUACGCGGAUGAGAAGUGUUUGUACCUUUGUGACUACUUACCGAAUUUUUUGCGUUCCUUAUUAGUAGUAGUAUGUUAAAUCUUUAUCAAAAUUUAUGAAUAAUUGUGAUUAUUUAAUACGUAAGUAUUUUAUUGGUGUUA